AUGAUCAGACCAGGAACCGCUCUUCGGUGGCAAAAGCCGACCGUGCGAACGGAAGUGUCUCCCCUUCCGUCUGAAACGGCGUGGGAGCGGAAGCGAGCUUCUCGACAACUACCGUCUCUGCAAGAUUUCCUUCGAAAACGAGACUACAGUGGAGCAAUUACUCUGCUCCAGUACGAGAAAGAGCAGGGAAUGAAGCGACCGGAACUCCGGCUUUGGCUCGCCUACUGCUACUUCCAUGCCGGGCUGUACCCGAAGGCGAUCCAUUGUUUAGACUGGCUUCUUCAGAGGGGAAAAAGGUGCUCGGCAAACGCACAUAAGAACAACGAAGGGGCCUCAGUGGAGGCGCAAGUGGACGCUGCGAAUAGUGUAGAGGUACGGGAGUCUGGCUGCGAAAGCGAUUGGGUGAAACGCGUGGUUUCUGGAUCUGAUGGACCCGCGCUAGAGAAGAGUGACAGCGCAGAGAAAUGUGUCACAAAAAAUGAAUACAAUGCAGCUCCCGACGCACUACCAGCAUGUGAUGCAGAGGUCGAUGUAGAUGAAGAGGAUGGUGACGGGGGGGACACUCCUGAGAGGAGCAGCAGGCUCCAUCUGUACAAAGCCAUCUGCCUUUAUGCACUGUACAUGUUUGAAGCGGCGAAACAAGAAGCUUUGCUGGCGCAGGAUUCAAAGGCCCGACGCCGCUUGCUAGUUUGCAUCGCACACCACUUAAGAGAUCCGGCCCUAGACGAAAUGCUGGAGGAUUUAGACGAGGAUGACUUCCGUGACCAAAUGACGACUGCUGCAGUGGAAUACAUGCGGGCGCGCACAGACGUCGCUUGUGACAUUUAUCGGCGAUUGCUUUCGCACCACUGCGAAUGUCACGCUCUGAAAAUUUACUACGCUAUGGCUGCGUUCAAAGGAGAAAUGUUCGAAAUAGCCCGCGGCCUCGUAAAGGACUAUCAAGCAUGCCGUACCACUUCCGUCGUCGCCUCUAACGUCAUGGCUUGCUGCCUCUACGAGGAAGAUGCGGACGCAAGCGCACUGAAGAUAUAUCACUUGCUAGGAGAAGAAGCCGGCAGAGAAGAGACCUUUUUCAUCCAGCACAACGAUAUCCUUCGACACAACGCAUGCGUGUUCGAAAACGGUAGAAGGGGUCUCCAAGUCUGGGGCCCUCUUGUCAAGAUUCUUCCCGAAGCAAGGCUGAAUCUCACUCUUCUUCACAUUAGCAACGGUGACUACUCUUCUGCUUUCGAACUCAUGCGGGACUACGAGCCAACGACUACAACUGACUCCACCAUUCGAGCUCUUGCCUUCAUGCUCUUUGGGCAAGCUCACGAUUCGGAAAAGCACCUCAGUGAAGCGGAACAAAUGUUCCGGACCGUCGGCAAUGCUGAUUUAGGGGUUGACUCGCUUCCUGGUAUGCAGAGCAUGUUCUACUACUACUUUCUCCGGAGAGACUACGAUGCAGCACUUGAUUACGCCGGCAGACUGGAGCCGUACUUCAGUAGUGAGCCCUCGUUUCAGUGGAACAAAGCUCUUGCCUUGGGACAAGAAGGACGCUAUGAAGAAGCGAAAGAUAUGCUUCUGAGGAUUGACGACGAAGAGUAUAUCAAAGAUCUUCUUUUUCUGCGAUGGUUAUGCCGAGUUUACGUUGCGACCGGAGAUUGCGAACAUGCCCUGCACCUCUGUCUUCAGCAGAGCGACAGUUCUCAUUGCCAUGCCCUUCUCAAAGAAGUCGCCGAUGACUGCUAUGCAAUUGGUGACUUCUACUUUGCCCUCAAGGCUUUCUUCCUGCUGGAUAAAGCUGAAGGAAACCCUCUACUCUGGCCUGCUCUCAGAGGUUCAGCUGCAGGGUUUCUGGUGAGGCUCAGCGCCGGUGACGAGGAUAUCACAAGACUGAAGGAAGUUGUUUCCUUGGUACAGGAAUGCUCUGCUCCAAAAGUGGCGAAGAUCGUCGUCGCGCUAAGAAAACUCGGUCGCAACAACGGGAUAAUCCUUGACUAA